AACACGGCCAACAUCCGGCUGCCCUUCCUGCGCAUGCUCAGUCUCGCCCCUGUCUAGCCCAGAGAGGUCAAGCGACUUUUCCGAGGUCACACAACGCAGAUAUGCGAUGGAGGAAAAUCUAAGUAUUCUGAGUCUUCAAAUGAAAUCUCUGCCUAGGAACUGAUGAUGUCAUUCAUUGCUGAUCCAGAUUGGUUCUCCCAUCUCUGAGGUGGUCCAAUCCCGGAACUCAUAAGAUGCUGUGUAUGUGGACAAAAGUUCUGAUUAUGACCCUGCUGGUGCUGAAUUCCCUAGUGGCUACAGGCAGAGACAGCCCAGAGCACUUCAUGGAGCAGAUGAAGAAUGAGUGUCUCUUUGUCAAUGGGACUGAGCACGUGCGGUUUGUGGGGAGACUCAUCUACAACCGCGAGGAGAUUCUGCGCUUCGACAGCGACGUGGGGGAGUUCGUGGCCUUGACCGAGUUGGGGCGGCCCAUUGCAGAGCUAAUGAACAGCCUGCUGGAGGCCCUGGAGCAAGCGCGAGCCCAGGUAGCCAGGUGCAAAGACAACUAUAGGCUGUUAGAGUCCUUCUGGAUGCAGAGGAGGGUUGGGCCUGAAGUGACUGUGUAUCCAUCAAAGAUGGCUCCCCUAGGAUACCCAAAUCAGCUUGUCUGUUUUGUUACUGGUUUCUACCCUGGGGACAUUGAGGUCAGAUGGUUCCUGAAUGGGCAGGAGGAGACAGCUGGGAUUGUGUCCACAGGCCUGAUUAGUAAUGGAGACUGGACCUACCAGAUCCUGGUGAUGCUGGAAAUGACCCCCAAGCAUGGAGAUGUCUACACCUGCCAAGUGGAGCACUCCAGCCUGCAGAGCCCUGUCAUUGUGGUCUGGGAAGCACAGACCAGAUCUUCCCAGAGCAAGAUGUUGACUGGAAUUGGGGGCCUUGUGCUAGGGCUGAUCUUCCUUGGGCUUGGCCUCACUGUUCACCUGAGGGAUCAAAAAGGUUUUGAAGCUAAGGAUGCCCUUGGACCCUGA